AGCAGCAAGCUGUUCACUGUUACAUGUAAUUCGUAUGUUAGACUGCUGUGAGGUUAGGCGUUUCAGGAAAGGAUGUUUUCUUGUCUCAUCUGCUUCAGCAUCAAUGACAACAACCAUGGGUCUACAGUUCUCCACAAUCCUGACACACUGGCGUGCGAAGGUUGUGAAACCAGCUCUGACGUCAGUGCUGACAUUCAGAAACUGAUUUCAGACCAGGAGGUUUUGGAGGAGAAAGGUGAAAGUACGAAGGCAGGCCGUUUGCUGUCCUGCCCCACUGACCCAGGGCCAGAGCAGCAUCUGCACCAGAGUGGACCGUCUCAAAAGGUCCAAGUGAAGCCACUGGAAUUGUUGUAUACCACACAUGGCAACAGGACCUUUUCACAGAUGACACCGUUCACCUCCAUAUCAAUGGAGAAAGAGGAGACAGAAGUAAACGAGGCUUCCACAGAUGCAGGGCAGACAUCUAUUUCAGACCGCUGCAUGGCGAAUGAAUCACAGAGAAAAACCCAAAUGCAGAGGCAGCACGCAGAGAGUCCACUAUGCUGCACAGAGUACAAGACAGAAGACAAAAUCAAAGCAUCUGAAUGGAAGAGCCCCUCCUUCAAGUUACAAGCCCUGGAGGCUGACUUGGGACCCUCACCAGCACAGGUAGACCCCCAAGUUGGGGACAACUUACUUGCCCAGCAACAGCCUCUUUCUACUGAACAGCAGAGCCUGUAUUUGACCCACAAGCUGUUCCUCCACUUGCCACCAUCACCACCUGCUCAGGAUAAUCACACGGUCGACUCAUCACAGCCUGUACACACGCCGUCCCCUCAUUCAUCGGAAUCCAGUCCUGUCCUCUCCACUAUCACUCUUUCUACGGAAAUUAAAGGAGAUGAUACCCCGUCGAGCCCAACAGGCCCUAACACCAGCACGCUACUCUCUCGUUUUACAACGACUGACUGCCCGGUUCCCUCCCCGCGCUGCCCCAACCUCAGCCACAGCCUGCGGUUUAACUUAGACCCCGAUACAGCCCCUUCUCCACCCUGUUCACAGCACAUACGCAUGACUCGCUGCGGCAUCCAUACGGAGCCAGAUGAGGGCUCUGUGUCCAUCUCAAUGCUCAACAGACACAUCCACUCCCUAAGGAAGAGGAUCAGACAUUUUGAGGAGCGUUUUGAACAGGAGAAGCACUAUAAGCCGGCCCAUAAUGACAAGACAGCCCACCCAGAGGUUGCCAGACUAAUGAAGGAGCUCAUCAAGAGUCGCAAGCAGCUUAAAGAGCUAAAGCUGAGACAGUCAGAAGAAGGGGGGCUGAGAGGACAGGGGCGUUUUAACCCACCAGCUGAAACACGAAGGGCCAACAUAGACCAGAGAGAGGCAGCGCUUACAGGAACUGAGCUGCAGCAAAUUAACAACAACAGCAACACCAAGCCAAAUGUGGAGGAAACAGUCAACAUUAUAACCAACAGGCUGAAGGAAAGACGGCGUGAGCUGGGACUGCCUGACGAUAUUAAGGAGAUGACCCAUUACCAGAUGACUAUGGAGAAGACUAGCAUGCAGAAGUGUUUGCUGUACUUUGAGAGUCUGCACGGCCGACCGAGUACCAGGCAAGAGCGGACUCUGAUGAAACCUUUCUAUGAUCGUUACCGUCUUCUUAAGCAGCUCCUACUUUUCUCUGCUGCUUCAACAGUCAUUACGACCAUUGAAGAAGAGGAGGGCUCAGAUGAAGGGUGUCCCAAACAGCAAAGCCCCAGGCCGCAGCCACUUUGGAUGAAACCUCCCAGGUGUGUGUCCUCAGAUGAGAUGCUGCAUCUGUCUUCCAUGGAAAUGCCUGAAACACCUCUGGUGUCCCCGCUGGAGGAGGUGAAGGAUUUCCAGCCGCAGAUCAUCUCCAUGGCAACAUUACAUGAAGCUUCCAGACAAGAAUUACUGGAUCACCUCCGGAUGGCUCGAUUAGAGAAGCGAAGGCUUCACAAAGCACUAAGAGAGUUUGAAGACCAUUUCUACACACAGACUGGCAGGGCUUGUCAGAAGGAGGACCGUGGACCAAUGGCAGAGGAGUACUGCCAGUAUAAGACCCUCAAAGCGAAGGUCCGUCUACUGGAGGCCCUGCUCAGUAAACAACAGGACUCAACCAAGACCAGUUGAGUUAACUCACAGUGGGACUUUUAUCUAACCUAACAAGACUCAAUCAUAUCUUUAAAAAAUCAGGAUGAUGAGUCUGGUCUUUUUUCAUGCCAUGCUCAUUAUGUGGAUGCACUUUACAUGAGGGGAAACAGUGAUGGAAGUUGGUGAUGAUCUGACUGAAAUGCUGGGCAACUGCGGAGUUUUUUUAGUCCACAAAACACGUUCCAUGUCAUUCAUAUGACGUAUCUUAUUAUAAACCUGAUGUAGCAAGUGUAUGUUAUGUAGCACUAAUCUGUGUCAAAGAUGAAGAGCUGUAACAACUUGGUGUUAGUUACAUAUUAGUAAUUUAAAUACUGUAUGCAUAUUAUGGCACUUUGCUUUUUUCCUUGCCAAAAUACAAUUUUUGGACAGCUUUGUCCAUAGUUAAUGUGGAAACUGCAUUUUUAAAAAGUGCUAUCUUGGCAAAAAAUGUGUAAGCUUAUAUGCAAUCAGUGAGACAAUCCUGUAGUUUUUGUGCAUGUCAGUUUUUUAAUCCUGAAUUGUGCUAUGAUAUGCAUUAAGAAUUUCAUGGUUGAUCUGAAUCGUGACCAUUCAAUUUACAUGUUCACCUUGGAAAAUAUGUGAAUGUUGGUGAACUUUGGCAUUGUAGUGCAAGUUAUAUCUGCUGUUGAACUUGUCUUUAUCCCCCCAUUUUGCCUAUAUUAAGUUAAUUCCCACUAAAUGCCGUUGUUGACAAUGAUCAGAGCUUUUGACAUUGUGCACUUCUGGUCUAUAUAAU